CGCUGCGCACAGAGCCGAGGCGCUCCCUGACGCAGACGCACGCAACCAGACGCAGCUUCGCUCAACUUUGGCCAGUCUUUUUUAUUUUUUUUUUCUGAGGAUGUUCAAACAAACUUCUUUAUACUUAGACCGCUCCUGCCUACGCAAAGCCGCUUCCUCGUAGACUUAACAUUUUUUUUCCCCUUUUACGCGCUGACCAAGACUUAACCCGAAGUGCAGCUGGUGAGAAUAUGUGCGAGAGGCGCAAGCAGAAGGGCACGCGCUGUCUUUGGUCCUUCAGGGAGAAGCAGUUUGGACUAAACACGAAUUAAUGUGGACUUUAUCGGAGCCCAAAGGCGGAACGACGACCGGACACAGCGCUUCCUCGUCAGGGACUGACUGAUCAUGGUCGCCGUGGUCCGCUCUCUUAUGGUACUGCUGCUGGCUCAGGUGUUGCUGGGAGGUGCAUCGGGACUUAUCCCUGAGGUUGGCCGGAGGAAGUACAGUGAAUCCGGGAAGCAGAGUCCGCAGCAGUCGGAGAACUUUCUAAACGAGUUCGAGCUCCGGCUUCUCAAUAUGUUUGGACUGAAGCGCAAGCCGAACCCCAGCAAGCACGCUGUGGUGCCUCAGUACAUGCUGGACCUGUACCACAUGCACUCAGCCAACGGAGACCACAGCACCAAGCGGCCCCGGAGCAUGGGGAAGCACGCAGAGAAGGCCGCCAGCAAGGCCAACACGAUUAGAAGCUUUCACCAUGAAGAGGCCAUGGAGGCGCUGGCCAGUCUGAAAGGCAAAACAACUCAACAGUUUUACUUCAACCUGACCUCAGUGCCCGAGGAGGAGCUGGUCACGUCUGCAGAGCUGCGCAUCUACAGGGACCAGGUCCAGAGCUCCUCCUCCAACAGCAGCAGCGGGCUCCACCGUAUUAACAUUUACGAGCUCUUUGGACGUCCUGGAGCAGACCAGCCUCUGGCCCGGCUGCUGGACACGCGGCUGGUGCGGGACUCUUUCAGCCGCUGGGAGAGUUUCGACGUGAGUCCGGCCGUGGCUCAGUGGACUUCUGGGAAAAGCCACAACCGCGGCUUCAUGGUGGAGGUGCUUCACCCGGAGGAGCAGGGGGAGGGCGGGGAGCACAGACACAGACAUGUGAGGGUGAGCAGGUCCCUGCACCAGGACCGGGACUCGUGGGCUCAGGCGCGCCCCCUCCUGGUCACAUAUGGACACGACGGGCGCGGGGACGCAGUGCUGCACAGGCGGGACAAACGCCAAGCCACACUCCGCAAACAGAGGAGGAAACAGAACAAAGCCAACUGCAGGAGACACGACCUGUACGUGGACUUCAGCGACGUGGGAUGGAACGAGUGGAUAGUAGCUCCUCCGGGGUACCACGCCUUCUACUGCCAGGGGGAGUGUCCUUUCCCUUUAGCAGAUCACCUGAAUUCUACCAAUCACGCCAUAGUUCAGACUCUGGUCAACUCAGUCAACUCAAACAUCCCCAGAGCCUGUUGUGUGCCCACAGACCUCAGCCCCAUCUCUCUGCUGUAUCUGGACGAGUACGAGAAGGUCAUUCUGAAAAACUACCAGGACAUGGUGGUGGAGGGCUGCGGCUGCCGGUGAGACGCCCACAGACACUAGAGUGGACCUCGGAAAAAGACUUUAGGUUCAAAUGGACACCCAGUUUCCCAAUGAAGACAUUUAUUUAUGAGAAAAACUAUACAGAGCUAUCAAAGAAGAAAUAUAUAUCGAUAUAUUUAUGUCUAAACGUAAAGUUGGGAAAUUUUUAUCAAAGGAAUAUUCCUUUCCUGUACAUUUUUAAAUAGGGUGCAAUACCACAUGAAGUAUAUUGCUGAGAUUUUUAUUUUGUAUUUAUUUCUAUAAUAACCACUUUGUAAAUAAAU